ACAAAUAUAACAAAUUAUUUUUUAGAUAACAUCAGUCACGUACAGUCUACAAGAAUUAAUCUGAAAUUAAUAAAGAAAAAUGGCGAGCAGUUUCGAAAUUUUAUGCGGCAUCGCCGUAUUAUUUCUUGCCCUCUAUUACUAUCUCACGUCAACGUUUGAUUUUUGGAAGAGUCGUGGAGUGGUUGGACCGAAACCUGUACCAUUUUUUGGCACAACGAAGGAUUUGAUAUUGGUUAAAAAAUCAACGGCUCAUUUCGUCAAGGAUAUUUACGAGAAAUACAAGAACGAGCCAAUGGUUGGUUUAUACGCGACGAGAUCUCCCUUUCUUCUUUUAAAUGAUCCAGAACUUAUCAAAGAUAUAUUAAUCAGAGAUUUCUCCAAAUUUGCGAAUCGAGGAUUGGGAGUUUUUGAAAGGACGGAACCAUUAUCACCGCAUCUCUUAAAUUUGGAAGUAGAAAGAUGGCGACCAUUGAGAUCCAGGCUCUCCCCAAUAUUCACGUCAGGAAAAUUGAAAGAGAUGUUCUAUCUCAUAAUCGAAUGCUCGUUAAAUUUGGAAAUGUAUUUGGACAAGUUAAUCGAGAAAAAUGAGCCCAUCGAGUGCCGUGAAUUAACAGCAAGAUUCACAACCGACGUGAUCGGUUCUUGCGCGUUCGGCAUCGAUAUGAGCUCGAUGACGAACGAAAAUAGCGAAUUCCGUAGAAUGGGCAGAGAAGUGUUCGCUGUCAAUUUUAUGAACGUUAUGCGAAUGAAGUUGAAACAAUUCAUGCCAAGGCUGUACGAUUUACUCGGUUAUGUGAUGCCUGACCGGACAUUCGCACCAUUCUUUACACGAGUUGUGACGGAUACAAUUAAGUACAGAAACGAUAAUAACAUUGUUAGACCAGAUUUCAUCAACAUGUUGAUGGAGCUUCAGAAAAAUCCACAGAAAUUGGAAAAUAUCAAAUUGACGGAUUCACUUAUCGCAGCCCAAGCAUUUGUAUUCUUUCUUGCGGGCUUUGAAACUUCAUCGACGACUAUGAGUAAUGCUCUCUAUGAGUUAGCUUUAAAUCAAGAUGUACAGAAGAAGUUACGUGAGGAAAUCAAUACGUUUUGUCCUCAAAAUAAUAAAGAAUUGAAAUAUGACGACAAAGAAAUGGAAUAUUUAGAUAAAGUAUUUAAAGAAACGUUAAGAAUGUAUCCACCAGCAUCGAUUUUAAUGAGAAAAGCAAUUUCGGAUUAUACGUUCAAUGACACGAAAAUUACGAUACCUAAGGAAAUGAAAAUUUGGAUUCCAGCGUUCGCGAUACACCGAGAUUCGGUUAUUAAUCCGAAUCCUAAUUCAUUUGAUCCUGAAAGAUUCGAUAAAGAUGCAAUGGCCAGUCGACAUCCUAUGCAUUACUUACCUUUUGGUGAUGGAUGAAGAAAUUGCAUUGGUGCGCGUUUUGCGGUUUAUCAAACUAAAGUUGGAUUAAUUACUAUUCUUCGUAAUCAUAAAGUAGAAGUUUGCGAAAAGACAGUAAUUCCUUACGAAUUUGAUCCAGGUGCAUUUUUGUUGAAUCCAAAAAAUGGAAUAUAUUUGAAAAUAACAAAAAUAUGAAUUGACAUGUUCGAUUAUUUUCAAAUAUUAAUUGCAUUCGUCGCGAGUUUUCUAGCUUUAUAUUAUUAUCUUACAUCAAAUUUUGAUUUCUGGAAAAAUCGCAAUGUAGUUGCACCUAAACCGAUACCAUUUUUUGGAAAUACCAAGGAUGUCGUAUUAAAAAAAAUUGAAAUAAGCAAUUUUAUAGCGGAAUUAUAUAAGAAAUACGAAAAUGAAGCAAUGUUCGGGAUAUUCUUCGGUGGAUCGCCUAAUCUCAUUUUGCGUGAUUUAGAUCUCAUCAAAGAUGUUUUAAUUAAAGAUUUCUCUACGUUUGACGAACGAGGAUUCAAAAUUUCUGAACGGGCUGACCCAUUGAAUGCAAAUCUCUUUAAUAUGGAUGUUACACGAUGGCGACCAUUAAGAAUAAAAUUAUCACCGGUAUUUACUUCUGGUAAAUUGAAAGAAAUGUUCCCCUUGAUAUUGAAAUGCGCCGAACGUUUGGAGCAAUGUUUAGAGGAUGCUGUGAAAAGAGGAGGACCUGUGGAUUGUUUUGAAAUAUCAGCGAGAUACACCACAGAUGUUAUUGGAAGUUGCGCAUUUGGAAUCAACAUGAACGCGUUAUCAGAUGAACGUAGUGAAUUCCGCAGAAUAGGAAAAAGAAUUUUUGAUUUAGAUAAAAACAUUCUAAGAUCUUUUCUUCGACAAUUUUUUCCACGGUUCUAUAAUUUACUUGGUUUUGUAAUACCAUAUUCAGAAACAAGCAAAUUUGUGACAAAAUUUAUUUCAGAAAUGAUUAAAUAUAGGGAAGAAAAUAAUGUGGUAAAAGCAGAUUUUGUAAAUUUAUUAAUGGAAUUGAAAAAACAUCCGGAAAAAUUGCAGAAUAUUAAAAUAACAGAUAAUUUACUUGCUGCACAAGCUUUUGUUUUCUUUGCUGCUGGAUUUGAAACAUCAUCAACAACAAUGGCACAUGCUCUUUAUGAAAUGGCUCUAAAUCCUAACAUACAAGAUAAAUUACGAAAAGAAAUAAAAGAAUUCUAUGCUAAUAAUAAUUUCACAUACGAAGAAGUUAAGAAAAUGAAAUAUUUGGACAAAGUAUUUAAAGAAACACUUAGAAAAUAUCCACCAGGGGUGUUUUUAAAGCGAAAAUGCAACUCUAAUUAUACCUUCAAAGGUACAAAAGUAUCUAUACCUGCUGGUACUUCUGUAAUUAUUCCUGUGUAUUCAAUUCAAACAGAUCCAAAAUUUUAUGAAAAUCCAGACGUAUUUGAUCCUGAAAGAUUUAACGAGGAUGCAGUAGCUGCAAGGCAUCCAAUGACCUAUUUACCAUUUGGUGAUGGACCAAGGAAAUGCAUUGGAAUACGAUUUGGUGUUUAUCAAACAAAAGUUGGACUGAUAAAAAUGCUAAAAAAUUUCAAAGUAAAUGUAUGCGAAAAGACAAUGAUUCCUUAUAUAAAGAAGAUAAAUUCAUUUACAUUGGCCCCUAAAGAUGGAAUUUUCUUGAAAAUAGAAAAAAAUAACAACUAUAAAACAAGAAUGCCAAGUUUAGAAAUUAUUUUUGGAAUUAUCUUAUUAUUUCUGGCAAUUUAUUAUUAUUUUACUUCAACGUUCGAUUUUUGGAAAGUUCGUGGAGUACCUGGACCAAAGCCGAUACCAAUAUUCGGUAAUAUAAAAAAUGUAAUGCUUUUGAAGACGUCUAUGUGCCACUAUUUAAAAAAACUCUGUGAGGAAUACAAACAUGAACCUAUGAUUGGAAUAUUCACUAGAAAAACACCUAUACUCAUUAUUCAAGAUCCAGAUCUUAUAAAAGAUGUUUUAAUAAGGGAUUUUUCUAAGUUUGCCAACCGCGGAAUUCCUAUUCAUGAAAAGGCAGAACCAUUAUCUCCACAUCUCUUCAAUUUGGAGGUAGAAAGAUGGCGUCCAUUAAGAACAAGACUUUCGCCAGUAUUCACAUCUGGCAAAUUGAAAGAAAUGUUUCCCUUAAUAUUAGACUGUGCAAAACAUUUGGAACAAUAUCUGGAUAAACUGGUAUUAAGAGAAGAGUUUAUAGAAUGUCGUGAAUUAACAGCUAAAUAUACAACAGAUGUAAUAGGUAGCUGUGCCUUUGGUAUCGAAAUGAAUGCACUGUCUGAUGAAGAAAGCGAAUUUCGUCGAAUAGGUAGAAAAGUAUUUUCCAAUUCAUUUGGGCAAAUCUUAAGAUUUCGAUUUAGACAAAUUUUCCCACGAAUUUAUAAUUUACUUGGUUUCGUAUUACCACCAAUGGAAGUUACAAAAUUCCUCACGAAUAUUAUCGUAAGUACAAUGAAAUACAGACAGGAAAACAACAUUGUGAGGCCUGAUUUUGUCAAUAUGCUUAUAGAACUUAAAAAACAUCCAGACAAAUUAGAAAAUAUUAAAUUAACGGAUACUUUAUUAACGGCACAAGCAUUCGUUUUCUUUAUUGCUGGAUUUGAAACUUCUUCGUCAGCUAUAAGCAACGCACUUUAUGAGUUAGCUUUAAAUCCUGAAGUUCAAAAUAAGUUACGGCAAGAGAUUAAAGAAUAUUUCAAUAAACAUAAUGAAUUGAAAUACGAGUAUAUAAAAAAUAUGAUAUAUCUGGAUUUAGUAUUUCGUGAAACAUUAAGAAAAUAUCCACCUGGACCACUUAUAUUAAGAAAGUCAAUAACUAAUUAUACUUUUAACAAUACAAAAGUUUCUAUACCAGAAGAGAGUUUUGUAUGGAUACCAUUAUAUGCAAUUCAUCAUGAUCCUAAGAUUUAUCCAAAUCCUGAUGCUUUUAUUCCUGAAAGAUUUAAUGAUGAUGCCAUUGCAACACGACAUCCAAUGCACUAUUUACCUUUUGGUGAUGGACCCAGAAAUUGUAUUGGAGCACGAUUUGCAGUUUACCAAUCCAAAAUUGGUUUGAUAACAAUACUUUGGAAUUAUAAAGUUGAAGUUUGCGAUAAAACUAUGAUUCCAUAUGAAAUUAAUCCAGCUGCUUUCUUAUUAACACCAAAAGGAGGCAUAUAUUUAAAAUUUACAAAAAUAAAAAAUAAUGAAGAGAUUUUAAACUGAUGAGAUUUUGAAAAAUUUAAAUUGAUUCCAAUAAUUCAAUGAAAAAUAUUUCAAAAAAAUUUAUAUUUUUUAUUGAAUUAUCAGAAUCAACUAUAUUGAUAAGAGUUAUAUUUUGUAUAUGUGUUUCAUGAUAUAAUAUAUUUUAUUAUAAUAUUAAUUUUUAAUUGAAGAAAUCUAGAUAGCAUAAUAUGAAAUGGUUAAUUAUAAAUAUACAAAUGGACUUUC